GCACUGUCAGGCGCCAUGGUCGUAGACGACGGCCACACCGGCCCGCCUGCGCAACUGCCACUCAUGCUUACAAAGUCACUUACACUUAUUUUUUUUGCGCUGGACUCGACGACGGCCGCAUGCUCGGAACCUACCGGAAACAAACACAUUUCCGGUGUGACAGUGGACUUGUGUUCGCAGGACAAGCGCGAGGGGCGGUACCUGUACGACAAGCGCGCCGCCCCCACGUGCGCGAGCCCCGAGCGCUACGCCGGCUGGGACGUGUACGACGCCAUGCGCAGGGGCUUCCGCUGCAACAAGAACCCCAGCAGGAAGCUCAAGCUCGGGCUCGGCGCGCUCAACGCGCUGCCAACGGACACCCCCGCCCCCGCCCGCCCGACCUCCAUCAGCAACCGUGUGGCCGCGUCAGAGGACGGCGCCACGACCACCGCGCACGACAACGCCGGCACCAGCAGCGCCGCCGCGGCCAGGACGACGUCGUCCCCGCCAGCGGCGUCCUCGGAAUUAUCGACGUCGACGUCGGAGGGUGGCGCGUCCAGCACCACCGUCUCGCCGGAGAUGAGAGGAUCGAUGAGCACUGAGAGCGCUAGCAGCACGGUGGGCCACUUGUCGACGCAUAUUCCCAGCGCGCACAAGAGAGGCAAAAAUCGACAGCACCGCAAGCCCGUUGGACGAUUGCACCAUGAUCUCGCCCAGGGUGAAGAGGGGGUGCAAACCAAAGAGGGCAAAUACCUUCUGUCCGACGGUAAAGGUGGAUACAUGGCUGUGUCGAGGAAGUCCUUCAAGGCCGCCAUGGAGGAGCGGCGGGACUCGACAAGGGCGGCGCCCGCCACAGCCCCCGCGGCAGCAGGGUAGCGCGGCAAUGUUUGAAUUAAAGACAACACCGUGAAGAACGCUGGACAUGUGACGCGUGACAGCGUGGGGCAGCACCAAUUAAGCCGUCGCUCUCACCGACCGCUCCAAGCCCGCCUCGCCCCCGUAGCUCGUACAACCGCUGAUAAAUGGUUUCCAAUUGGAACUGAAGUAGUAUUCGAUCGAAACACCUUAGUAGUUUUUACUCAGGUGACUGGGUUUUGAAAUAAAUGCGACUGAAUUCAAAACGCUUUCGCUGCCUCCGUCUCCGUCUCCGUCACCGUCACUGUCACUUUCGCGCUUGUCCAUUUCGAAUUUAUGUCAAUUUUAUUCUCAAUUUUUUGUCCAAGGUAACAAAAACGGUUGGUAAAUUGUUUGAAAAUGAAUGACAAAUCUUUGCCCCGGCUGUUGUACGACAGACGAGAGCGACGGUGAGAGUGACAACAACCGAAGAGGGAAGUACUCCGUAAUGCCCACAGUUGUUCCGAAAGUAGUGAUGCACUGAACAUUGUGCGCCAGCAUUACAAACCCGUACCUGUUUGGUUAGUGUGAGCGAGACUUGAACCUUAUUGAAAUGAACCGUGGAUUCCCGUUUGAUGCCCGAGGAGUUUAAUUACAAGAAGGUCGUGAAUAUCAAUAGAAGUUUGUGAUACAUUCUCUUAGUUUAAUUUAAUAUUUAAUAAUAACAAACCUUGUAGUUUAUUAAUAAAAAUUGACAAAACAA